AUGGAAGGGAGAGCACUCCGGCAGCAGCCCGGUUUUGCCUGCGAGGAGUGUCGAAGACGCAAGGCCCGGUGCGACCGAGGGCGGCCCAAGUGUGGCUUCUGCGCUGAGACUGGUACGACAUGCGUCAUUGUCGACAGGCGGCAGCAGAGGGGUCCCAAGAAGGGCCAGCUCAACGCGAUGCGCUCACAAAUCGCCGCGCUUCAAUGGCAGCUGGAACAGCAUUUUGGGUCUACCUCCGGCGACACGGCGGCGGUACCAGAAAGGCGGGUCCGCGAGCGAGAAUCCGAGUCUUCACGAGCGCAGAUUCCUGAGGAGGACAGUGUCAGUCAAACAAAUGGGUUGGAUGCAGAAACCCAUCUUGCGCUCACUUGUACAACAUCAACGGCAUCAUCUGCGGCGGCGACAACGGCAAUAUCAGCAUCAACGCUGACGUCAACAUGUACUAGUUCCGACUCUGCGGCUGGUGCGGAUCUCGUUGGCUGGGCAGACUGCAUGGACUGGCAGGAUCCGGAAGACGCCCUCAUGCCAUCCGAUGGGAGUCACGGGACAGAGAUCACGCUCCUGGAUCAUUUCGACCGGGUCGAUGCCGGUCCGUCCUUGGUGGCUACGAGGUGCAACUUGACCAAUCUCAUGCAAGCCGACUUAGACCAGCUCUAUUUUGACCGGGUGCAUCCCGUCUUGCCCAUCGUCCACCAUGGGCGCUACUUGGCGUGGGCAAGUCAGGAGAGCCUCACGCCAGCCCGGGCCUGCCUCCAGUCAGCGAUGCGUACAAUGGCAGCGGCCAUGUCAGGCCAAUGGGCCGGUCUCGCUGACCAGCUCUGCGCCGAGACGCGCCAUCUACUCGAAACUCACGGCCAGACACCAAUCACGUCCAAAGACGAGAUCCCACUUGAGCACAUUCAGGCAUGGCUCCUUCUGGCAUACGCUGAGCUCCUACGGAUAGGCGAGCACCAGGCCAUGCUUACGGUGGGUCGCGCGUUCCGCCUGGUGCAAAUGGCACGGUUGUACAAUGUAGAUGCCCUCGACAAUUCCCAAGUUUCGCUCGUGUCUACCGAUCACGCGCUAUUAGAUGAGAGCUUCGUCGACGCCGAGGAGAGGAGACGGACCUUUUGGCUGGCCUUCAGCUUUGACCGUUUUCUGUGUCUGCGAAGCGGGUAUCCCUUGACGUUGCGAGAGGAGAUGGCAACGGUUGAUCUUGCUGAUAGGUUCCAGGUCCAUACGCGUCUCCCGGCGCCUGAGGAGAACUACCGGAACAACCGAUCAAUCCGCAUGGGAUUCCUGCCCGAAGCUCUAGCAGAGCCCGCGCCGAGCACGCUGUCGCCCUUUGCCGAAUGCAUCGUGCUGGCAGCAUUACAGGGGCGCUGCAUGACCCACCGAGACGCAUCUGUUGAGGACAAUGGCCUCAAGGUGUACGACUUCUGGACCCAGCAGGAAUGGCUCGCCUCGGCAGUAGAGAGGCGGGUGCAGACCCUCGUCCCGUAUUCGCCCGUCGACGGCGACCCCAUGCUUCUCUUCGCCCACAUGCUGGCCCACAGCGCCAUCGUCUUCCUCAGCGAUACGGUGCAGAGCGCCUCUUGGCAUACUAGUACACUGGAGCAGCAGCUCGUGACGGCCGCCUACGCACGCCGCGCCACCGUGGCGGCUCUGGAGAUUGUGCGUCUAGCCAAGACCGUGCCGGCGCUCAGUUGCUUCAAGGCGCAUCCGUUCCUACCCGAUCCCCUCGCCUGCGCGGCCAACUUUCUCUCCGCGCCCUUCACUCCGGUGGUGGGGCGAAAUGAGGGCGUCGAGCAACUGCUACGUGUGCUCCAAGAUGCGCAGGUGAUUAACGGUCUAGCGCGAGAACAUUUUCAGUCCCUGAAGUCAAGCAGAUCGAAAUCAAAAGAUUCUUCAAGUCAGGCUUAGUACUAGACAAGUAGUUAGCAACCUCAAUUCAGUCGUUCUUGG